AUGAACCUACGGGGGCGAGCAAAUCCACUGUUACCAGAGCCCUAUUUUGGUAAUCUGAGUCGUUUUGCUAUAUUUGUACCAUCCAUAGACUCUAAUGGAAAUGAGGGUUGUCGUUUUAUUAAUCAAAUGAGGGAAGCGAUAAAGAAAAUCGACAGUAAUUAUGUCAAAAAUGUACAAGAGGGAGGCAAUGUGAUUGAAAUGUUGAGCUCUAGCAAUGUGGAUUCUAGCAAAUUAGAGAAUAAUUCUCUCGUCUUUGCGAGUAAUUUCUUGUUCCCACUAUACGAAGUAGAUUUUGGGUGGGGAAAAUCGAUAUGGGUGAGUUUCGCUACGUUACCGUUCAAGAAUUCUAUUAAUUUUCUACCUAGGAGAGCAGGUGUUGGCAUUGAAGCUUGGUUUUUCAUGAAAGAGGAUGAGUUGGCCAAACUUGAAGCCGACAAAGAGUUCCUCGCAUUUGUUUGUCCGACCUUGGGUGCACAAGAUUUGCUUCCCAGCUCCCUGUAG